AUGUCCACCUCCUUCGCUCCGUCCGCAAGUGCUACUACAACGCCCCAGCCUCAAUCCGUGGAUACUGAACUCCAAGCAGAGACUUUUCGACGUCUCCAUCCACGUACAUAUCUCGAACGAUUCCUCAACGAAGGGUUCCGUCCCGACGGGCGCGAAGUAGCCGACUUUCGCGAUGUCAGUGUCAAUGUAGGCUCGAUAUCGACUGCAGACGGCUCUUCACUCGUUCGUCUCGGGGACACAACGAUUGUCUGCGGUGUCAAAGCUGAGAUUGCUGAGCCUGAGUUGGAUAGUCCAGAGCUCGGGUUCAUCGUUCCGAAUCUCGACCUCCCAGCGAUCUGUUCUCCAAAAUUCAAGCCCGGUCCACCAGCCGACGAAGCACAAGUGCUUUCCGAGCGACUAUACGACGCGUUAAUCUCUUCCGAAACAGUUUCGUUACCAUCCUUAUGUAUACACCCUCGAAAGGCCGUUUGGGUUCUUUACGUCGACGCGACGUGUAUCAAUUUCGACGGGAACGUCUUCGAUGCUGCGUUACUUGCUAUGAUCGCUGCCCUCAAGAACACCCGACUACCCAAAGCUACUUUCGAUGAAGAAACAGGCCGAACGACUUGUUCACGAAAAGAAAAGACUGCUUUACAAAUUUUGCGAACUCCACUUGCUAUCUCAUUUGGGAUCUUCGACUCAACACACAUACUCGCUGAUCCAUCUUCAUUCGAAGAACCUCUUCUUAAUACUUCUUACACCGUCAUUAUAGAUGAAAAAGACGAAUUGGUGUCUGUACAGCAAGCAGGAGCGAGUACGUCUAGUGUUCAAGACAGUAUGCUCAACUGCAUUGCAGCUGCGAGGAAACGACGGAAAGAGUUAGGAGCUAUCAUCGAUAGUUUAUGA